AUGAAAGAAAGGAUAAAUAGAUGCUUACGUCUGUUUACUAAAAUUUUUAUAUGUUCCAUUUUAAUAUGGAUAUGGCAACAUUUAGAAGGGUUACCAUCCUUUGGGAAAUCAUGUCAAGCUAAAAAUAAGCGAAAUGUCGCAGAGGGACUAAGAACUAGUGGACUGCUGAAGGAGGAGGACACCAUUGUGAAUCCCAAACAAACAGAUUCGUCAUCCAAAGAAAAAUAUGUGGAUAACUCAGAAAAUAAUGAAAAAACAUUGGUAAAACAAUUAUCUUUAUUACUGAAAGAUAAAUAUAUCCAAAAACGAAUUCAUAAAUUACUAAAAGAUAAGAAAUUUCAAAAAAAGUUGAACGCAGUAAACGAAAACACAAAAGUUCAGAAUCCCCCAAGUCAAACGAGAGUUAAGAAAAACUGUGAAGAAUUAUUCAGUAAACCUUUUCCUAGUAAUAAUUAUGAACAAUUUCCAGAUUCUCAAGAGACUAAUUCUAACUAUAAUAAGCAUCCAAAUACACGCAAUUCCAAUUUUAACCACAGCAAUUAUCCAAAUACACGCAAUUCCAAUUUUAACCACAGCAAUUAUCCAAAUACACGCAAUUCCAAUUUUAACCACAACAAAUAUCCAAAUACACGCAAUUCCAAUUUUAACCACAGCAAAUAUCCAAAUACACGUAAUUCCAAUUUUAACCAUAGCAAAUAUCCAAACACAUGCAAUUCGAAUAAUAACUGUGAUAGUUUUUCGUCUUCACGCAAUCUCAAUUCUAAAUAUGGUGAAUUUCAAAAUUUAGAUUAUUCUAAUGAUAGUUGUCACACAUUUCCACAUUCUCCAGAUUCUAAUGUCAAUUCUUUUGAACAAUUUAAUAAUCAACAGUUUGCUUACGAUCAUGAAAAAUCAUCAACUUCAAUGAAACGUAAAUAUAAUUUGAAAAGGAACGGUGCACAGCAGAAUUAUGAUGAUAUUUUUAAAGAACCACACAAAUUAUUCGACAUAGAAGAAAAUUUCAAAAGACAAUACAAUGCAUUAAAAGAAGAAGACGAUUUCGUUAAACAAUUUAAUACAUUAAAAGAAAAAGGAUAUUUUAAGUCUGCUAUAAAUGGUUCAAAACAUUAUACCAAUUCUAAAUCACGACAUACUCCAAGCGUUAUUGACAAUACUAAUGACCGUUUUGAUAUGUUAAAUCGAAAACCUAAUUAUAAGGAAACAUGUGAAAUAAAGCCAGAUAGUCGUUUAAAAAUAGAGGAGGAAUUAAUGAAAAAAGAGUAUGUUAAAGCAAAAAAGGCUAAAAAAGCAAAUGAAAAAAAACUUUCGUUACGCAAUUUUCUAAGAAAAUUAGACGCAAUGUUUGAAUUCGAAAUGAUACAUUCAAUGAAAAUAAAAAAUUCCAACAAGUAUUCUUCAAAAUCAACUGUUGUAGGUAGAACUAUGUCACAUUGUCUAAAGAAAUACAGAUUAUUUUUCCCACUUAUGCUUAAUGUUGUAACCGUGUUGAUACUUGCAUCAUUAAAAUAUGAAAUAAGUGCUUCUAUCUUUUGUAUUGUUGGUCUUAUUAUGGUAGUUUACUACGAGAUUAAAUUAAAUAAAAUUAAACAAAUGCACAAAAUGUUUAAAAAGUUUAAUUAUCGUUUUAAAGCGAUGCCAAAAUCCCGAAAUUAA